AUGUGCUCGACAACUGAAGACGACACGACGCUAACAGACCAGGAACUCUCUGAUUAUUUACAAAAAUAUGGCUUUCUGCCGGUGAAUAGCGGGGGCGACGACGACGACGACGUGUCUCUCAUUCAGAUCGAUCCGGUCAGUUUAGAGCAAGCGUUAAUGGAUUUUCAGGAAUUGUACAAUCUACCAAUGGACGGUACUCUAAACAAUGAGACCAUAGCGCUAAUUAAAAGCCCCCGCUGCGGAAUAGAAGAAAAUGCUUUCACAACCGCCAAUGCGGUAUGGAAUAAAACGACCUUAAAUUGGUAUGUUCAAGCGUCGGCACCCUGGCAAAGGAUUCGAUUACGGACGAUUGCCAACCAAGUUUUCAAAAUUUGGAGUUCCGUUUCCAAUUUAGAAUUCGCUUACAAUUACAUGAAGCCCGAUAUUCUGAUUCUAAUCACCGAUAAAUCGUACGAACAUAAACAAAGCGUAAGAUGUCAAGGCAACGGAUCAUGUAGUUAUAAAUUUGACGGAAAAGGUCAAGUUUUGGGUCACGCAUUUUUUCCCAAUACAAAUCAAAAGUGUGUGGAAAUCCAUUUGGAUAAAGACGAAAACUGGUAUUUUGGGAACGAUGUGCCUGCGCCCGCACCACAAACUAGUUUGUAUACCGUGCUAUUACACGAAAUCGGGCAUACCCUCGGCCUAGGGCAUAGUAAUGAUCCCACGUCCAUUAUGUAUCCAUUUUAUGGGAGCGUAAAUACAUUGGGACUCGAUGACAUUAUGGGAAUUCAACGUUUGUAUGGAGACAAAACGACCAUAUCAGUGUCGCCAUCGACGACAACUACAUCGAAAAGCGACACAAAAACAACAACAAAAGUUACUUUGUCACCACCACCAGACUUGUGUAAUAUACUUCCGGAUAAUUUUCUAAUCACUUUGAACCAUCAUAUAUACGUGUUUUACGAUAAAUGGUGCUGGAUACUACGCCUAGGUGAUAGAACCUACACCGAACCAAAACGAAUAGCCGAGUACGUUCCCAUGGACAAAAUUUCCCACAUCUAUCAAAGACACAACGGACAACUCGUGGCCAUUGCGGACAAUUUAUUUUAUGUGGUGGAUUUUCCUAGUUUUAGGAUAGAACGUAAAGCGGACAUUGUGAGCCUGGGCGUUCCGCAAGAUAAAAAAAUUAACGCAAUUUUCAGCACAUACUCCGGCAGAACUUUCAUCCUUUACGAUGAUAAUUAUUUCAACGAAUUGGACGAGUGCAGUUUGCGUCCGAAAGGUCACGGCUUUGGGGUGACCACGAUGGAUAAAAUACUGUUGAGCCAUCCGACGAACUUGAACAGCGAAGACCUGAAAGUGCUCCCGGCACAAUACCUCAUAGAACGGCCGCUGCCGCACACCGGGGACGCGACCACGCGGUGGACGAUGAUGUCACCCAGCCGACGAGUUUCAACUCGCAAAAACUCGUCGGCUGGGUGA